UGGUGCUUUUUAACAGUACGUCAAUAAAUCGGAAAUGCUUGCUCAAAACACUUUGUUGCGGGAAUGCAAGGUCGCAAUAAAGAACGUCCAGCGAUCAGUCUGUCUGAUGACUGGAGAAGAAAAAGAUGACGCGCUUGACGAAGUGGCAAGAAUGCUGCCUUUGAAUACCGUCGAAUCUGUGUUCGAGAUUGAGGAAAAACUCAAAGAACCUCAAUUCGCGCAAGCUACGACAACUUAUUGCCAUAAGCUUAAGGGGACUUCGCAGGAUGUGGAUGGCGUCAUCCGAAACAUUCUUACGGACAAUCUCCUUGAGUCAUUUAACUGGGACGGGAGGGGAGACAAACGAGCUCUGGCGAAACUUACUUUAUUUGAAAAAGUAUUGAGGGGCGUUUUUCAAUUGCAUGGUGCCUUCGAGUAUGAAAAAGAUGUGCGAAAGGCUGUGGAGAAGAGUCACCACCGAAUGAAACAAAAAAAAUAUAUGGAAAAGAAAAACAAGACAGGAGGAUAAAUUAAUAGUGAUUUGUAAUACAAUUAUUAUUCAGUGACACAAACAAGUGACCACGUCUUGAUUUUUUCAAAUAUUCGUAUC